UUGCCCUGGUGAGGACGAGGCGCCAUAGCCACGGUAGCCCUGGCGACAAGAACCCGGCAACGAGAAUCAACAACAACAACGACCGAAUCGGCCAUAAAUUUAAAAGACGACAUUUUACCACCGGGAAAACACACGUGGAACCACAGGGUGAUUCCCAGCCUGUGUGAUGGCCACUUCAGGCUAUGUCAGUGAGAUCCAGCCUGCGGCCCAAUCUCAAGGGGCUGUCGGCACAUCUGGCCAGCCCGACGCCAGCUCCACGCCUGCAACUACCCCUCAGUUCCUAGCUGAGAUCCAAACCACUGUGGUCACCCCUACGGUUGUCACAUCCACAGGCCAAACUGCACCCUCACCUGAACAAGCCACUUCCAUCAGCACUCAGAAACCGACUACAGGUAGUCAAACCCAGACCACAGCUCCGGCCCAACCCGCUCAGACUCAUUAUGUGACGGCAGAAAUUCAGAGCUCUCCCACACAGUCUGGAAAUGGACAAAGCGCUCCCCAAUACAUCGUUGUUACAGUUACAGAGGGCUCCCUCCACUCGAGCGACAGUGUGUCGGACUCCAGCUCCCCUCCAGCUGUCAUACAGACAGGCGUUCCCACGCAAGUCGUUCAACAGGUCCAAUCAGCCCAGCAGAGGUCUGUUGUGCAGGCCACCUCGCAGAUAGCCAAGACUGAGCCCGGCACACAGCUCAGUGUCACCAGUCUACAGUCAGUUCAUAUCAGCCCAGAGGUCCAACAGCAGCUGACACCAGUGCAGGUGCAACAUGUGUACACUAAUCCAGUGCAGUAUGUGGAAGGAGGAGAUGCCAACUACACCACCAGCACCAUUCGCCCCGGCACCUUCCCUUACACUGACACAGCCCUGUAUACCCAGACCACCGCUGCUCAGUAUUAUGAAGGUCAGCCAACCUCAGGCUCGCAGGCCUCCACCCCUGGUACACCUCUAACUGUCUCUGUGACCGCUGGCACAACAGGAGCUGUGUCCAUGUUUGUGGCUCAGCCUAGCAGUGCAGCAGGGGGAGGGUCCACAGUGGUGUCCACAGGUGGCACCGCAAAUGGGUCAGGGGAUGGGGCGGGCACUAAUGGUGGCGCCACAGGAAGUUAUGUGAUCCAGGGGGGUUACAUGCUGGGCAACAGCAGUAACAGCGGUGGGGCAGCUGGCAACAGUCAGAGCUACUCCCACACCGCCCGUGCCUCCCCAGCCACUGUGAGUAUAACAGAAGGCGAAGAGGGUAGCGUGCCGUCGGCAGACAAAAAGUCUCCUGUUUGUCCCCUGCCUGCCGGUCAGGUACAGUGGUUGCUGGACAACUACGAGACUGCUGAAGGAGUCAGUCUUCCACGUUCGACCCUCUACUGCCACUACCUGCUGCAUUGCCAGGAGCAGAAACUGGAGCCUGUCAAUGCCGCCUCUUUUGGGAAACUCAUUCGAUCUGUUUUCAUGGGGCUACGCACACGACGACUUGGCACACGGGGUAAUUCUAAGUAUCACUAUUAUGGGCUAAGGAUCAAGGCAGGCUCGUCUCUUCUCCGCCUAAUGGAAGAUCAGCAACAUCUUGCUAUGAGGCAGCAGCCCUUCUCGCAGAAACAGAGGUUGAAGCCUGUGCACAAAGUGGAGGGAAUGACCAAUGGGACUGCCACCGGAGCAGGCCAGCAGCAAAUUCAGCAACAGGGUUCUGGACAAGUGGACAUCAGCACCCAGGUUCAGCAGUACCAGCAGUUCCUUGAUGCUUCCAGAACGCUACCUGAGUUCCCAGACAUAGACCUUCAGGGGAAGCCACCACCUGAUGGUAUUGAACUGGAUCACAUAAAGAGCUUUCAGCUGCUCUACAGAGAACACUGUGAGGCCAUACUGGAUGUGAUGGUCAAUCUUCAGUUCACCCUGGUGGAGACCCUGUGGAAAAGCUUCUGGAGGUUUGGCCAGAGUCAGGCUGGAGAUGCCACACUGGCUGUUCAUGACGAGUCAGAAAAGCGUCUCCCGAAGUCCUGCCUUGUGCUGCUGUGCAAGUAUGAGCCUGUGGUGCGCUGGAGCCGUGACUGUGACAACAGCCUCUACCAGGGCCUGGUGGAGAUCCUCAUUCCUGAUGUACUCAGGCCAAUCCCCAGUGCCUUAACUCAAGCCAUUCGGAAUUUUGCCAAAAGCCUGGAAAGCUGGCUGACCAAUGCAAUGAUGAACAUCCCAGAGGAAAUGGUUCGCAUCAAGGUAACAUCAGCCAAUGCAUUCGCUCAGACGCUGCGUCGUUACACCAGUCUGAACCAUCUCGCACAGGCAGCCCGCGCCGUCCUCCAGAACACGGCCCAGAUCAACCAGAUGCUCUCUGACCUCAACCGUGUUGAUUUUGCCAACGUUCAGGAGCAGGCUUCAUGGGUGUGCCGCUGCGAGGACCGUGUUGUCCAGCGGCUGGAGCAGGACUUCAAGCUGACCCUCCAGCAGCAGAACUCCCUGGAGCAGUGGGCUGCCUGGCUGGAUGGGGUAGUCUCCCAGGUGUUAAAGCCCCACCAACACAGCCCGACCUUCCCUAAAGCUGCCAAGCUCUUCCUGCUCAAGUGGUCCUUUUACAGUUCCAUGGUGAUUCGGGACCUCACCCUGAGAAGUGCUGCCAGUUUUGGCUCUUUUCACCUGAUCCGCCUUCUGUAUGAUGAAUAUAUGUACUACCUGAUAGAGCAUAGAGUAGCCCAGGCUAAAGGAGAGACGCCCAUUGCUGUCAUGGGAGAGUUUGCCAGUUUAGGACGAGGUCUAAACAUGGUGGAUCCUGACAAAGAAGAAGAAGAGGAGGAGGAGGACGAAAGUGAUGAGGAAAGUCAGGAGCUGACCCUGCCGUCGGAUGCUGUGGUGUUAGGAGACGAGUCUCUGGAGCCUCCCGCCAAGCUGGCCAGAACUGACCAGAGGGUCCUCUUCGCUGCGGGGUCAGCGAACGACUAACCAAAAGAAUUAUACAAAAGAAGACCUGUGUAUAUACAGUACAGCAUCUUAUGUAAAUGUUACGCACAGUUUUUCUGCAUCCAUCCUGCUUGGUGGGAGUCUCAGCUGGAUACAGAACGGUGCAAUGUGCAUUUUGACCUUCAGUUGUAUGGAUGUGAGAAAAGCAAAUGUUGACAAAUCCACGAUGAACACACUGGGCUGUUUGUCUGCAAUGGGGAGCAUGUACAACUGGACCCUGAGCUCUUAAUAUUUGCCAAAUUUGGUUGUGAGGAUUUUUUUGGUUUGUUUAUCCUUUGUGUGUGUGUGUGUGCGUGUGUGUGUGCCCUGUUUUCAGUGUUUGAAUUAAGCUCACAUUGGAGUUGCAAUUGUGUAUGUCAGUCCUUUAGGCUUUUAAUUCACCUGUCAUGAGAGUCCUGGUCGAUUUAAUUGCGUUCGUGUUCUUGGAGUGCCUGUCACAGCUGCUAUACACCUGUACAGAUAAAGAUACAGCUGAGGACUCCCAUGAGUUGCUGCCAAAUCUCCCGUCUGUCUGUGUCACGUAUUUAUGCUCCAAGUGCUUCACUCUUGUUUUUUAUUUAAAACAUGCCCUCCUUUACCUUUCAUUUUGUUUCUCCCAUGUCUGCCAAGCCUUGUUUGCGUUGACCUUUGUUUCAAAUGAUCUGUGCCUAAGUAAGAACAGUGAUGUAUAAGCCUACUGUUUUAUUUUCUUUUGUUUUUGAGCUGAAUUGUCACUAAGUGAACCUGUUGUGCAGUGUACGGUGCUGUGAUGUCACACAUUGUAGACAACCUUUGUGUGAGUUGCUGAUUUUAUUUGUGAUCCUCUGUCCUGUUCCUCAUAUCCGAAGACUUAUCCACUCAAAGGCUAGCCUAUUUGCACAUAUUGUCUUGUGUAUUUUAAAAAGCACUUUGAGGAUUUUUUUUGGAAAUUGUUUUGGAAGUAUUGUGUGUUUAAAUGUAAUCUGCUCAGUCCUCCACGAUAUCAAUGCAUUUUCACCUUCCUGCCAAUAGUGUUGUUUUGCUUCAUGAAUCAAUUUUCCUAAACACCGUUAGUCAAGAUUGGUUGAUAUGAAUAUGUAAUUGUUAGUUAUUAUUUACAUGUUUUGAUGCCACAAACCGGGACAUCUAUCCUUUCUAUGGAGUUCAAAUAACUACACCACAGCUUAUUACAUAUCACAGCAGUCUUUUAAUUAUCUACAGAAUAUGUCAUUGUUUACUAAAAAAAAAUGUCCAGUCAUUUUUAUAGUGCAUUGUUUCUCAUGAACAAUACAACUAAGUUAAAAAAAAAAACAUGUUCAGUGCAGUGUUUUCUGGAUUUGGUCUACUAAGUAUGGCUGUGCCUUUGGAGGUGGUAGACUGCAAUUCAGAUGUUUACUUUAAAAAAAUAUAAAUUAAAAGUUUUUAAAAUUG